UGAUUGCAUCUCAUAUUCUCCUUUUCUUUGGUAUGCAUGAUUCGGAUAAUUAUAAGUGAUAGUAUUUGUUACUUUCUCAGUUCCAUUUUAUUAAUUAUAUAUGAUAGUCUAAUAGAGAAGACAGAUUUAAAUUUUAUGAAUUCAGUCUUUUAAGGUUCUAGUGUUGAGCCCGUUAUAUUUUUAAAACUAUCAGUUCAGACCUACUAUUUGUUGCAAUUUUUGUGAAUUUCUAUACAUAAAUUUAUGCUCGUCAUUAAAAGUACUGGCUUAUGAACCUUUCCUGCAUGCUACAUCCGCCACCGGAAGAAGUAGCACCUCAAAGUUAAAAUUUUGAAUAUUUUAAUAAAUAUGAAUUCUUGAAAGUAGACAUUUUGAAACACUCUGCAACUCUCUGCAAGGUAUUUGAAUUUCUAGACAUGGACAACGAAAAGGUAAACGGUUCUCCUGACACUGUUUUGGAGGAUUUUUUAAGGGUUGCAGUGUCAGAAUCAGACUCUUCAAAAGCCAGCACUUCAGACUUGGAAGUUGCAAAGAAUCAGAGAGGUGCUUCAAGAUGGGCUGGAUUUUUCGAGCUAUUUCGAGCGAAAUCGAAGAGAUACUUGGCUAAAGAUCCUCUAAAUUCUCUUAAACUAUCUAGUAAAAGAUUUAGCAGCAGCAUGAGAGAGUUUGUUGGGAUUGUGAAAAAUCCCAUUGUUGAUGAUGAUUUGAGUUACUUCAAGCCUCAGUGGAGGAAUUUCACCCUCUCUGAGCUACAGGCUGCAACAAACAGUUUCCACCAAGAAAACUUGAUAGGAAAGGGUGGUUAUGCGGAAGUUUACAAAGGAUGUUUAAGAAAUGGAACAUUUGUUGCGAUUAAGCAGCUAACAAAGGGACCUCAAGAUGAGAGAACAGGGGAUUUUUUAUCGGAGCUUGGGAUAAUGGCUCAUGUCAACCAUCCAAACACUGCUAAGUUGAUUGGUUAUGCAGUUGAAGGUGGACUCUUUCUUGUUCUUGAACUUUCUCCUAAUGGAAGCUUGGCCAAUAUGUUUCAGAUGUCAAAGCAGAAACUAGACUGGAAAAUCAGGUAUAAGGUAGCUAUAGGAAUAGCUGAAGGACUUCAAUAUCUUCAUGAGGGUGGUCAAAGAAGAAUUAUCCACAGAGAUAUUAAGGCUGCAAAUAUAUUACUUACAAAGGACUUUGAGCCUCAGAUUUGUGAUUUUGGCCUUGCAAAAUGGUUGCCAGAGCGAUGGACCCACCUCACUAUAUCCAAGUUUGAAGGCACAUUUGGCUACCUUGCUCCGGAGUUCUUAAUGCAUGGCAUAGUUGAUGAAAAAACCGAUGUUUUUGCUUUCGGAGUGCUAAUCUUGGAACUUAUCACUGGACGCCGAGCUCUUGAUUUCUCACAGCAAAGCCUUGUCAUAUGGGCCAAACCCCUGCUGAAGAAGAACAAAAUUAGAGAGCUUGUUGAUCCUUUACUUGCUGAUGACUACAACUUAUUACAGAUGAACCUCAUGGUCUUGGUUGCUUCUUUGUGUAUACAUCAAUCUUCCAUCAGACGUCCACGGUUAAGUCAGGUUCUGCAGCUUCUUAAAGGCAACCGUGGCAGCCUAGAUAUUAUCAGGAGAUGCCGAAAAUCAUCCCAUUGGACGAGGCACUAUGAAGAACUCUUUAGUGCAGAAGAAUGCAAAAUGACCAGAGGUUUAAGUAUGCGGGAACAAAUACCAAUUGAAGUCUGAGAUGGCUCAAAACUGUCAUAUCAGAUUGACAAAACUAGCAACACCGACCUUCACUUUUCUUCUCAUGAUUAAUGGGAAGCAUGGAGUUAUGCCUCUGCUCUUGUUUCCGUGCCCUAAAGUACGAAAGCAAGUAUCUACAGUCGGUCCGUGACCAACCCCUGGAUACCAAAGUCAUCCUCUAGAUAUUGGCAAGGGUAAACCAUUGUCAUUCUUCACACAUUACAUGGAGAUCAAUAAAGAGGUGACAAUAGUCACUAUACUUAUGCGAAAGAAUUUCUCAUUUCUAAAUCCUAUGAUGCAAUUGGAGCUUUUCAGCAGAAACGAACAACACGAUUCAUGGAAAAGAAGCUUGAGAGCAUAGAUGUGCUCAUAUGCCUAUGCAAGAGCUAUGAUCGAUGCGAUAAUGUGGAAGACCAGGGAAACAAAAGCUAUAAAAUGCAGAAAAAUUUAGCAAGAGUGGAUUCACAUCAGUAAACUAUAAAUGCUGUUGAUUUACUCCCAGUCUCCCAGGCUGUGAAUAGUUAUGGUAGUUUAUUCAUUAGAAUCACAAGCUAGAAAUAAGCCCAAGAAUGUUUCUUAAAUUCGCUGGUGAGAUACACACAAAAAUACAUGCAGAAUCAUCACUAGGUUGAUGAAUUGAGCAUAUUAACCUACCAAAGUUGGC